AUCAAAAACCUUAACUAAUUAGUGUGCAUAUAUUAAAUAUGAGUUGCCAACUAGCAACUAUUAAAUUUGAUAUCUACCCCACAAAGACAUCAUCCUCUUUACCCACAUAUAUAAAAGCCCUUUUAGAGAUCUCAACUUUGUUUCAUCUCAUUUAUCAUCAUCCUUCAAGAACACAAAGAUAGACAGAAAAAAAAUGUGUUCCUCAAAAUUAAAGAACCUGACCCAAGAAAACAUUUCCCAGAUCAACGGUCGUCCGGUUCUUCAACCGAAAUCGAACCAAGUUCCAACAUUAGACCGACGUAACUCACUCAAGAAAUCUCCUCCUAAGCCUUUGAAUCCAAUCGCAUCAUCAAAGAUACCCUCACCAAGACUAAUUUCUCUAAACUCUCCUCCUUUGUCUCCCAACUCAAAAUCCUUAAGACAACCGCCCGGUUCUUGCAAGGAGCUACUUAGGUCUAGCUCUGUAAAAUCAAAGCCAGUGAAAUCACCAGAGAAUAGUGAUGGUGGCUACAAAGAAGUUAUGUCUAUGGUGAUUGUUCAGAAGCAGCCUGGAAGUAUAGCAGCUGCAAGAAGAGAAGAGGUUGCAAUGAAACAAGAAGAGAGAAAGAAGAAAAUUUCUCAUUACGGUAGAAUCAAAUCCGUAAAAUCGAACGAAAAGAACUUAAAUGUUGAGCAUGAGAAGAAAAAGAGGUGCAGUUUCAUCACUAUAAGUUCAGAUCCAAUAUAUGUCGCUUACCAUGACAAAGAAUGGGGAGUUCCAGUUCAUGAUGACAAGCUACUAUUUGAGCUUCUGGUGUUAACCGGAGCUCAGGUCGGAUCAGAUUGGACUUCGGUUUUGAAGAGAAGAAACACUUUUAGAGAGGCUUUCUCUGGUUUCGAAGCAGAGUUGGUAGCAGACUUCAACGAGAAGAAGAUACAAUCAAUAGUCAACGACUAUGGCAUUAACCUUAGCCAAGUCCUUGCAAUCGUUGACAACUCUAAACAAAUUCUCAAGGUGAAAAGAGAUUUUGGGUCAUUCAACAAAUACAUUUGGGGGUUUCUGAAACACAAACCGGUCACCACAAAAUACACAUCAUGCCAAAAGAUACCCGUUAAGACAUCGAAAUCGGAGACUAUAAGCAAAGAUAUGGUUCGUCGUGGGUUUAGAUUCGUUGGUCCGACGGUUAUACAUUCGUUAAUGCAAGCCGCCGGUUUAACCAACGACCACUUGAUCACAUGUCCGAGGCAUCUUGAGUGUACGGCCAUGGCGGCUUUAUAGGCAAAAAGAUCAUUGUUGUUGUUCACAUUGGCUUUAGUUUAUAUGUAAAUAAAUAAUAUUUAUGUGUUAUUAUUUUUAGUACUAUAUAUUUUGUUUUUGUCAACAUUGUAGUACUAUAUCCACCAUGUGAUAUUUAGGUUUGAGGUCCUAACUUUAGGUAUUGAUAUUUCUACAAAAGUUUUUGUGUGUGUGUGAUUCUACUUUGAAUUUAAUAUAUAUAUGAGUGGUAUUUAUUUUA